AUGUCAUCUAUUCCUGAAAACCCAAGAGACACCAGCUUCUUCAAGCCUCAGCACGGCUACAAUGACAUCCAAUACAAGACCGAAAAGUACUCGGACAAGCCUACUCCAAUCGUGAUGCCCAAGCAAAACAAAGCAACUGAGUUUCUAUCUGAUCAUACCGACAAGGAACAUAUGAAGGGGUAUGCUAAACUGGGAGGUAAGAGGUUGUUCAACACGUUGAUUGGAUUCGUAUGCCAUUGA